CCGAAGAAGAGAAAAAAAAAAGCCCAACAAAAAACACCCUUUGUCUCAAUGGAAUCUCUCGCCCUUCUCUUCACCGGCGGCGCCCUCCUCGCCGCCGCCCUCUACUGGUUCGUCUGCAUUCUCGGCCCCGCCGAGCAGAAAGGCAAGCGAGCCGCCGACCUCUCCGCCGGCUCCAUCUCCGCCGAGAAAGUCCAGGACAACUACAACCAGUACUGGUCCUUCUUCCGCCGCCCCAAGGAGACCGUCGGAGUCGCCGACAAGGUCCCCGAUUUCGUCGACACGUUCUACAACCUCGUCACCGACAUCUACGAGUGGGGGUGGGGCCAGUCCUUCCACUUUUCCCCUUCCCUACGCGGCAAAUCUCACGCAGAAGCCACGUGCCUCCACGAGGUCGCCGCCGCCGACCUCAUCGGGGCCAAGCCGGGCCACAGCGUGCUCGACGUCGGCUGCGGCGUCGGGGGCCCCAUGCGGGCCAUCGCGGCCCACUCACGCGCCAAAGUCGUGGGGAUCACGAUCAACGACUACCAGGUGAAACGCGCGCGGGACCACAACAGGAAAGCCGGGCUCGACGCGCUCUGCGAGGUCGUGCAGGGCAACUUCCUCGAGAUGCCGUUUCCUGACGGUGCGUACGACGGCGCGUACUCCAUUGAGGCCACCUGCCACGCGCCCAGGCUGGAGGAGGUGUACGGGGAGAUCUUCCGCGUGCUGAAGCCGGGCGCGUUGUACGUGUCGUACGAGUGGGUGACGACAGAGAAAUUUGCGGCGAAUGAUGCGGAGCACGUGGAGAUUAUCGAGGGGAUCGAGAGGGGCGACGCGCUUCCCGGGCUGAGGAGCGUGGGGGACAUCGGCGCCGCCGCGAGGGCGGUGGGGUUCGAGAUUGUGGCGGAGAGGGAUCUGGCGGCGCCGCCGGCGGGGCCGUGGUGGUCGCGGCUGAAGUUCGGGAGGAUUGCCUACUGGAGGAAUCACAUUGUGGUUUCGGUGCUGGCGGCGGUCGGAGUGGCGCCGAAGGGGACGGUGGACGUCCACGAGAUGCUGUGUAAGACGGCGGAGUAUUUGACCAAGGGCGGCGAGAAGGGGAUAUUCAGCCCGAUGCACAUGAUUCUCUGCAGAAAGCCCGCGACGGAGAAGGAAACGGCGCCGUAAGAUUGAUAAGUGACGGCUGUUUCCCGCCGUUCUACCGUUAUGGUUUUUUUUUUUUCUUUCCCUCGUGGCUUUUAGUUUGUUUUCUUGUGUUUCCCUUUCCGUACCGAGCUUGGGUUUGUUCUCUUUUAUAUUUUGAUUAAUUUUGUUUUGGGAAUUUACUGGGAAGGAAAUAUGUGGUGUAAUUUUUUCCUUUUAUCUGUUUUACUGUUGUUGAUAGUUGAAGAAUAAAAAAUUACAAGAAGA